AUGACAACCCCGUGGCGCGUGGGAGCCAGAGGGGACGGUGUCUUGCCUUGGUGUAUCCCACUGCCUGGUGCAUCGAGUGUUGCUGAUCUCCAAAGGGCCGUCGAGGCCCGUCAGAACAAGCUUCGCCAGGAAGACACGGAAAGCCCAAAGGCCGCCAUAGGCAUUCAGCUCAAGGUGGAUGGGGAGCUAUACGCAGUCGACUCCGACGACUUGCUGCUGAACUUGAUCCCCAAAGACAGCAAGGGGGCCAUGUUUGUGGCUUAUCGUGCAGGAGGCGUACCGAUCACCCCCAGCGCUGAUGCCCCGGACGUCGUAGCAAAAGCAGGAGCAGCUAGUGUUGGCUCCCCGGACCUCAACCACGACGAACGGGGAGCUCCAAUCACCCCCGCGACUGCCCCAGGCGGCGCCGGCCCACCUAACCUCAACCAAGCCUCGGGGGGGGCGCCCAUCCAACCCCCCCCCGCUGCGAUCGCCUCGCCAAAGCAUCUCGAAACGGCCUUAUCUUGGACCAGCUCAGCGACAUGGAGCUAUGAUGCAGAGGAAGCGGCAGCGGUGGUAGCAGCAGCAGCCGCCUCCUUUCGUCCAGCCCAGUGCCUGGGUUCUUUCCCGAAAGCCCAGGCAUUAAGUGCUCCUGCAGCAACUACCGUGCCGUCCUCUUCCCCUCUGGAGGUACGCGGCGUGUCGCCUGCGCCUGCACGGACACCAUCGUCUACACCUCCGGCCCCUACGGCGAUCAAAACCGAAGACGGGGUUCAGGAUUCCCAUGACAGCGGCAUGCAGGAGCCAAAACCGAGGAGGUAUCCCAAACGAGCGAGGGUGACGGCACCAGACGACGCCCAGCCAGUUGGCUUCCGUCACGAGUUUGACUGGCAGGUCGAAAUCUGA